AUUUUCCCCUCUUCAAUGAUAAUAUUAAUUGCUCGAAUUCCUAAUUUUGCUAUGUCUUGUUGACUCUGAAUUCAAUGAUAAUAUUUUCAAACUGUGCAGGACCUAUCAGUUUCAAGGAAUUGAACGGACAAGGAUAUCAUGCAGGAUGAUCUCUCUCAAAAGCAGAUAAGUUGCAUUGCAUCCUGUGAAAGACGAGAAGGAUGACCAACCUUUAAAGCAGCUCAUGAAACACCAACCUCAUAUAUACAAACAACUCAUUUGCUUUUCCUGAAUGACCACUACCGCAUUGCCAUUUACUGCUGCUGGUUUGCAGUUGCAAUGCUUUGCACAUGAGCUCAGUUAAGGAACUCUCAUGAUAUGUUGAGCUUCCAGCUGAAAAAGAAAGCUUGCUGACCAUAAAACUCUCUCUAUAUAUAGAACUGAACCAGAAUGCAGGGAAUCCACAGCAUAGUGACAAGGUGUGUUGAAUCCAAUGAUGGGAGUGUCUUUCAAACUCUUCAGCUUACUAAUCCUUGCAGGUAUCAUCUUUCACGGUUCUGCUGCUCGUCAUGACCUCCCGAGAGCAAUGGUGGUCGGAACUGUAUAUUGUGAUACCUGCUUUCACAAUGCACCCUCAAAGUCCAGCCAUCUGAUCACAGGUGCAACUGUUGCGGUUGAAUGUGCUCCGAGUUUCCGAGAGGAGGUGAAGACGAACGAGCAAGGGGAGUUCCAGGUAAACCUGCCGGCGGAGGUCAGCAAACACAUCAAGAGAAUAAAGGCAUGCUCUGUGAAGCUGAUCAGCAGCAAUGAACCAUUCUGUGCAGUGGCUUCUUCAGCUACCUCAACUACACUCCGGCACCUCAAAUCCAAGAACAAGAGUGUUCAUGUCUUCUCAGCAGGAUUCUUCACAUUCAAACCAUUGAAGCAACCUGAAGUUUGCUACCAGAAACCAAAGUUUGAUUCUAUGAAGUUUGCUCCUUUUACAGGCUUACCACCUUUUCAAUUGAACCUGCCUCCUCUUCCUCAACUAUUGCCGCCAUUACCAAGUCUUCCAAGUUUGCCACCUCUGCCAAUCUUAGGACAACCAAUACCCGGUGCAGCUACAGGUACUGGUCCAGGCUCAGUUCCAGUUCCAGUUCCAGUUCCAGUUCCAGUUCCCGCCAAACAGGAUGAACAAAAGCAAAACCAGUCAGCAUUAUUUCUUCCAAAUCCCCCACCAGUGCCUGCCAUUGGAGGAAGAACACUACCACCACCUCCAUUGAGACAAACUGUCAUUUUGGCUCCACCACCACCCAGUCUUCCUGGACUCCCAUUUCAAACAACACCGCCGCCGCCACUCCGCAAUAAUUUGCCGCCAUUUCCCUUUCCAUCUACACCAACACCACCAAAUGCAGGCUUCCGUCUCCCACCAUUCCAAUUUCCUACAAAUCUCCCAUUCCCAGGGUCCCCACCAAGUUCUCCAAGAAAACUGUCACCAUGAGUGAAUUUCGGUUACUUGUUUCAAUAGUAACCUUUUUGCUGCAUACAUCAAUCUGAUCAGUUAUGUACUGACUAGUACAUGUAUCUCUAUGCAUCAGUAGUUUCUGUUUAAAAUAAACAAUGAAUAAGUGAAAAACUAAUAUCAUCAAUAAAGGUCCUGAACAAGGACAAA